GAUGGCCGACUAAAACUGCUGAAGACCGGGCAGAACGGCUGGAACCCCACCCGAACUUCUUAUAAGCCUAUCUAGGUUUUUUGGUUAGCAGUUAGGCAAGUUUUUUUUCUUUAUUUAAGUCAUCACACUUGUGGGAAAAAAAGUUAGUAUAGGUUUUGGAAUAUUGUUCCAUUGUUGAGAAAAUUAAUUUUUUUGAAACAGGUAGCAAAAAACAAAAAAAUUCACUUGUAUUUUGCAGUUUUCACUGUCAAAUUUUCAUUUUUUUUUGCAAAACCAAUGUCAUAUUUGGAAUCAGCAUCAAAAACUGACUUGAUUGAUGUGUGUCUCAGGGUUUUGGGACAACUUUGGUGGGAUUCCAGCUGUUCUGCCCGGUCUUCAGCAGUUUCAGUCGGCCAUCAGGUUCUAAAAGUAUCUGAAUUACUUUUUAUAUUCAAUUUUGUAUGUAAAAUCAGAAAAAAAUAGUACCAAAAUUUUAAAAAGACAAUAAACCCUAAAAUUUUGCUUUUUCUUCAAAAUUUGGCGGAAUUUUGCCCAUUUUUAAAAAAUCAAUAUUUUAAAAUGUUUUAAAUGAAAAAAGACUUUCAAAAAUCCACGUUUCAGUUUUUCUCUACGUAACUCGAUGAACUCGAUCUAAUGAUCAACAAAAAAAUCAAAACAAAAAUUUUGCUUAUCUUUUGAAUUGCCGGCACCUUACAUUUUAAUAGUCAUUUUUUUUUCUCUACAGUCACUUGUUGUCGAAAAAAAUCAGCAUCCACUCGAGCAAUGAUUAUUGCUGUUAUUAUUAUUAUUGCUUGUGGAACAGCAGUAUCAUUCAAUAUUGCCUUUAUUAUUCAGCCUUCGACAUGUAUUCUAACAUCGUCUUGCCAAUCGAAUUCAAAUUCAACGUCGAUAUUUAGUUAUACUUUACAAAAAAAUUUUCUCACAGUUUUUCAAUCAUUAGGUGCAUUUAGCACCUAUACGGUAUCUCAAGCAAAGUUUUUAUUUCAAGUAAUUCAACUGAGUGUCGCUGGUUUAUGUUUCUUUCUAAAUAUCAUUUAUAUCAUUAUCUGUUAUGUCUAUCGGAAUAAACUUAAAAAUAUUCAACGAAUCUUUCCCGAAAACUAUCAGCAAUUUCCAUAUAGUGCAUACUACGAUUAUCCACCUCGACAACAAAUGCAUUUUCCGCCUCGAGUACAACAUGAUCCUAACAUACCACGACAACAAAUGCAGUUUCCAACUCAAGUACAAUAUAAUCCUAACAUACCACUACGACAAUAUCAGUAUCCAACGGAGCACAUAUGGAAUUAA